AAACCCUGUUGUUUCAUGGGUGCAGCUCCUCCAUCGGUUAGUAAUGUCCAAAUUGUUGGAGAUGUUGUUGAAGGAUGUAUCAUAAAAGGAGUUGGGGAGUACUUUGGGGGAAGAGAAGGUCCCAGCAAGUUUGAAUGGUUACGUGAGAAUAAGGAAAAUGGAGAUUUUCUAUUGGUAUCAACGGGUACAUCUGAGUAUACUUUGACUAAGGAAGAUGUAGGUGCACAUAGCUUUGUUUAUAUACCCAUUAAUUUUGAAGGGCAGGAAGGGGAAUCUGUAUCAGUAAUGUCUUCUGUGGUGAAGCAAGCACCUCCAAAAGUAACAAAUGUUAAGAUAAUUGGUGAUAUAAGGGAAAACAACAAGGUUACUGUAACUGGUACUGUUACGGGGGGAACUGAAGGUUCUAGCAGAGUUCAGUGGUUUCAAACAAGUUCUUCAGCAUUGGACAGUGAGAAUGGUCUUGAAGCAGUGAGUGCUUCCAAAAUUGCGAAGUCAUUUCGCAUCACUUUAGGAGCAGUUGGCUAUUACAUUGUGAAAUAUACACCUAUGACUCCAGAUGGCGAAUCUGGUGAACCGGUAUAUGCUGUAUCUGAAAGAGCAGUUGAAACGCUUCCCCCAAGCCUAAAUUUUUUGUCUAUUACUGGGGAUUAUGCUGAAGGAGGCAUGUUGACCGCAUCAUAUGGCUAUAUAGGGGGUCAUGAGGGAAAAAGUGUGUAUAAUUGGUAUCUUCACGAGGCUGAAACAGACUCUGGUACUUUGAUACCUGAGGGUUCAGGAGUUCUUCAAUAUCGUAUUACCAGAGAUGCAAUUGGUAAAUUCAUAUCCUUCCAAUGUGUCCCUGUGCGUGAUGAUGGGAUUGUAGGUGAGCCAAGGACUUGCAUGGGACAGGAACGGGUUCGACCUGGAAGUCCGAGGUUGCUCUCUCUACAAAUAAUUGGAAUUGCUGUUGAAGGAACUCAAUUAAGUGUGAACAAGAAGUAUUGGGGAGGUGAAGAAGGAGAUUCAGUUUUCCGUUGGUUUCGGACUAGUUCAGAUGGCACUCAAAGUGAAAUUCGUGAUGCUACUGCUAUGUCAUACGAGCUUUCAAUUGAUGAUAUUGGAUUCUUUAUUUCAGUCUCAUGUGAGCCUGUCAGAAGUGAUUGGGCUCGUGGUCCUAUUGUUGUUUCUGAACAAAUUGGACCUAUCAUACCUGGCCCUCCAACUUGUCAGUCCUUAGAGUUUCUAGGGUCAAUGAUGGAAGGACAACGUCUAAGCUUUGUUGCUUCUUACAGUGGAGGGGAGAGAGGAAAUUGUUUCCAUGAAUGGUUUAGAGUGAGAAGUGAUGGCGUUAGGGACAAACUAAGCGCUAAUGAGUUUCUGGAUUUGACUUUAGAGGAUGUUGGAAAAUGCAUUGAACUUGUUUAUACUCCAAUGCGCAAGGAUGGUGUGACAGGAAAUCCUAGGAGCAUAAAAUCCCAUGUGAUUGCACCAGCGGAUCCUGUGGGGUUGGAACUUGUGAUUACCAAUUGUUUUGAGGACAAGGAAGUGAUCCCACAAAAGACGUACUUUGGUGGACGGGAAGGUGUUGGAGAGUAUAUUUGGUACAGAACAAAAGAUAAGUUACAUGGUUCUGCAUUGAUUGAUAUAAGUAAUGACUGUGAGGAUGUUCUCAUAUGUAGCAAAACAUUUACAUACACUCCAUCCCUUGAAGACGUGGGUUCUUACUUGGCCUUAUAUUGGCUGCCCACUCGUGCAGAUGGAAAAUGUGGAAAACCGUUAGUUGCAAUCUCCAACUCUCCAGUUAACCCAGCUCUUCCGGUUGUUUCUUUUGUUCAAGUGAAAGAGUUGCAUUCUGGUGUUUAUUCUGGAGAGGGAAUAUACUUUGGUGGGUAUGAGGGGGCAAGCCUAUUCAGCUGGUAUAGAGAAACUAGUGACGGUACUAUCAGUCUUAUUAAUGGUGCUAACUCUAUAACUUACGCAGUCACGGAUUUGGAUUACAAUUGCCGCUUGUUGUUUGGGUACACACCAGUUCGUUCAGAUUCAGUUGUGGGAGAACUCAAAUUGUCUGAGUCAACUGACAUAAUUCUCCCAGAGCUUCCUAUAGUGGAAAUGCUUGCUUUGACUGGAAAGGGGAUAGAAGGUGAUGUACUCACUGCUGUUGAAGUAAUACCAAAGAGUGCAAUGCAACAGUUAGUUUGGAGCAAGUACAAGAAGGAUGUCAAAUAUCAAUGGUUCUGUUCAUCAGUAGUAGGGGACAGAGAUUCCUUUGAGCCUCUACCUUCACAGCAUUCCUGCUCUUACAAGGUGCGACUAGAGGACAUUGGUAGAUGCUUGAGAUGUGAAUGCAUUGUGACUGAUGUGUUUGGAAGGUCAAGUGAGCCAGCAUAUGCCGAGACUGCUGCUGUAUUGCCAGGGAUUCCUCGUAUAGAUAAAGUGGAGAUUGAAGGGAGGGGUUUUCACACAAACUUAUAUGCUGUUCGAGGCAUUUAUAGUGGAGGAAAGGAGGGCAAAAGUAGAAUACAAUGGCUUAGAUCAAUGGUUGGUAGUCCUGAUCUGAUUUCCAUACCAGGAGAGACAGGAAGGAUGUAUGAAGCUAAUGUUGAUGAUGUGGGAUACAGGUUGGUGGCUAUUUAUACUCCUGUUAGAGAGGAUGGUGUUGAAGGACAGCCUGUAUCUGCAUCCACAGAGCCAAUUGCUGUUGAGCCUGAUGUUCUUAAAGAAGUGAAGCAGAAGCUUGAACUUGGAUCUGUGAAGUUUGAGGCAUUAUGUGACAAGGACCGUUCUCCCAAAAAGGUUCCGGGAGAGGGGAGUCUUGAGAGAAGAAUUCUUGAAGUUAAUAGGAAAAGAGUCAAGGUAGUAAAGCCGGGCUCCAAGACUUCUUUUCCUACCACUGAAAUUCGUGGAAGUUAUGCUCCUCCCUUUCAUGUUGAACUUUUCCGGAACGACCAACAUCGGCUUAGGAUUGUAGUGGACAGUGAAAAUGAAGUAGAUCUAAUGGUCCAUUCCAGGCAUAUGCGAGAUGUUAUUGUCCUUGUGAUCCGAGGCCUUGCUCAACGAUUCAAUAGUACAUCUCUCAAUUCUCUCCUCAAAAUAGAGACAUAGCUUUGGCCAUGUAAUGUAAAGUGAUUUCAUUAGCAAAAUAUAUUCAUUUGUAGGUUUAGUUCAACUAAUCAACACUUUCUACCACAUUUAACUUCUUAUUUUUACUUUUCUCGUGA